AUGCGAUUCCCGAAAUACUCGUUCUUCAAUCAGGGAUCAUUGUUCGGUUGGAGAUGCGUGUCAAAGACUACCCAUCUUCGGGAAAAAUGGCUAAUGGCGGCACUGAUUUCCAUAACUUGUUUUCACUGCGUAUUGAAUAAUGUGCCGUUGUCUACCGAAUUAACCAGAUGGGAGAUCGACGAGGCAGAAGCGAGCAUCCUUUUCGUUGGCGCUCCACGUCGUGCUCGUGAUACUGGAGGGAGAAAAAUUGGAAUUAUUACAGUAAUCGAUGCCAGUACUACUAAAGGAGCUCUGAAGUAUGCUAUGACAACAGUUGCCUGUUACGCUAAAGUACAACGUUAUGAGUACCGUAUUGUCAAUGAAUCGCUUUAUUACGAGAAAUGCACACAAACGAAGCCAGAAUUCCGGCGUCAUUGUAUAGUUGGAUUAUUAUUACCAAACUAUGACUACAUUUUAUUCGUCGAUGCACAUAUUGGAGUGGUAAACCCGAAGAGACGUAUCGAAGAAUUCAUUGAUGACCGUGCCGACAUUGUAUUGUAUGAUCAAUUUCGUACUCCUGAGCUUAUGUCUGGUUCAUAUUUGAUUAGAAAUAGCACAUGGGCAUAUAAAUUUCUCGAUGAAUGGGCCAGUUAUGAAAAACGCUUGCCGCAAAGCUUCUACGCCAGUGAGAGUGCAGCACUUUAUUUCCUCCUAGCCGGACUGAUCGCUCCGGAUCGUUCUAUGGAAAUCGCUGUUUGCCGAAGAGUUUGGAAGAAAUGUCGGAAUUGGAGUUACGCACAUGUUGUCAUGUCUUGUCUCAGGAAUAUCAUUGGAGAAACGAUUUACUAUGGAAAUGUUAAAAUACUUAUGAAGGGCACCGCUUGGGCUCGUGACAGUUUUGUUACAGACGGUACGUGGAGUCUGCCACGUGACUUCAUGUUGCACGGCGUGAAGUCGAAGCUGAGGUUGAGUGCGAAAACGCCGGAGAAUAUGUUGACAUCUGAGAGUGACUCGACGUAUUCGUGGUACAGCAAAUUCGCUGGAGAAAUUGAACUUCGUCGUUGUUAUCCAGGGAACACAACAUGGAGAUACAAAAGAGCAUAUUUUAUCGACGAUGCCAAGUUAGAAGAACGAUAUCGACGACUUCAUCGAAAAAUUUAUUAUGAAAAACUUUUGUCAUUGGAGAGAGUGGCUGGGCAGAUGCCUAAAAGAAGCAAAAGAAAGCCAACUUGCAGUUGGAAGACCUAA